AUGUACGUCAAUGCAGCAACGGCGCACAAUCAUUAUGAUCACUAUAGUCAUCAGCACAAACAUCAACGACAGCAAUACGAUUUACGAACCAGUAAUUACAUUGUUGAGCUAGCAGAAAGUCCAGCGAGUGCUCUAUUCCUAAGAGAAAACCUACAGAACCAAAAUAUCAGAAGGAUAAGAUAUACUUAUGAUAUCGAUAUCUUCAAAGGGUCUGCCAUUGAAUUCAAGAAUGACAAAGUAGCUAGACAACUAAUAAACGACCAUCCACAAGUAUUAAAUGCUUGGCCUAUUCGGCACCAUAAUCAAGCAGCCGUAUCAGGUUCAACAGAUUACAAACAUCAUAAAAAUAAAAAUGAGGAGGCUGGUAUGAUUGCGAAUGAGACCUCUGUUACGCCAAGGUUCUUUCCUCAACAUAAUGGUACUAUUCCGACACUUACUGAAGCAUACAUGCAAUAUAGAAAUCUCAGAUCAAAUGGUUCUCGUGUCAAAAUCGGAAUUAUUGAUACUGGUGUCGAUUAUAAGCAUCCUGCAUUGGGAGGUUGUUUUGGUGAAGGAUGUAAAGUGGCUUACGGUUAUGAUUUAGUUGGCAACAGCUUCGAUGGCAGUGUCGAGUCUAUCCAUGAAAGUGACGAUCCGAUUGAUGAUUGUCCAAAGAAUUCAACUGCUGCUACCGGUCAUGGUACUUUUAUUGCUGGCAUGAUUGCUGCUGAAGAUAAAGAAUAUAACUGGACAGGUAUUGCUCCCGGAGCUACAUUAGGCAUGUGGAAAGUGUACGGCUGUAAUUAUGCAAGCUCACCAAACGAUAUAAUUUUGAAAGCUAUGGAGAUGGCUUACAAGGCUGGUAUGGAUAUAAUCAGUAUUUCCCUUGGCGUCAGCGGAGGUUGGGAAGAAGAUAUUCUCUCUGUCAUGGCCGAUCGACUGGUAUCAAAUGGAGUUCAUGUUGUAACUGCUAUGGGUAAUAGUGGUACAAGCGGGAUUUUCUUGGCAGCAUCGCCUGCUAGCGCAAAAAAUGCUAUUGCCGUUGGUUCUACGAUGAACGACCAUGUUCCUGGUUAUUUGGUGGAAAUUAUGCGCCCUGAAGGCGAAGAAACCGUGCCCUACCGUACAUUUACAAACACAGCAUUGGCUCUUAAUGAUGCUUUGCCUUUCACUGCCACAGGUGGCAAGUUCAAUGAAGAAAAGGAUGCAUGUCAUAGUCUGUUUAAAAAUCAGACCGCAAAGCGACAUAGUAGGCCGCCUCAACAAAACAAUUUUAAUAACAGCAUUGUUUUAAUUCACCAAGGCGGUUGCAGUUCUUUGGAAAAGAUCAGACAUGCUCAAGAAGCGGGUGCCAGAGCUGUUCUUUUGUAUUCAGAUGAUAAAAAUGUAACAACUAGCAUUGAGACGCUCACAGAUGCAGUUCUUCCUGUUGCAUUUAUCAAUAAUGAUGGAGCAGCUAUUAUUUACAAGCGGUUAUCCCAAAGGGACGAUAUAAAAGGACGCUUUACAAACACAUUGGUAGCUCUGAGUGCACCUGAAAAAGAAGUCAACGCUAUUUCUGCUUUCUCUUCAUUGGGUCCAACUUAUGAGCUUCGGUUGAAGCCUGAAUUAGUGGGCGUUGGAGGAAAUGUAUUCUCAACACUUCCUCGAUAUCAAAAUUCGUAUGGGUUCAGAUCAGGAACCUCCAUGUCUACCCCUUUUAUUGCUGGAAACCUUGCACUGCUAUUAUCCAACCUUAAUAAUGAUAAGAUAAAUCCUGCGUUAGCCAAAAACAUACUGAUGAACUUUGCAUCUCCAGUCCAACGACCUAUCCCAGCUUCUCCUUAUGCUGACUCUCCAAUAAGGCAAGGUGCUGGUAUUGUUAAUGUUGCACAAACCAUACGUGGUUAUCAACAAUUUCAUGUUUCACCUGCUGUGCUCAACUUGAAUGACACGGCUCACUUCAAUAACGGACGCAAAAUAACUAUUUAUAACCAUAACUUGGAGGACGACCUGUCAUUGACCAUUGGUCACCAGCCUUCUUUGACCGCAACAGGAUAUGCGUUAAAAGAACACGAACAAGAAAACUAUACACCCACAGAGCCUGUGGGGCUAUAUGCAGGAAAUGAAACGUCAGUUGCCAAUGUUCGAUUCUCAAAAGAAAAGAUUGUUAUACCAGCUGGUCAGACUGCUACAGUGUAUGUGCGCAUUGAACCGCCUACAAAAUUAUUUAGACCGGAAGACCAUGUUAUUUAUGGAGGUUUUAUUACCUUUCAGAAGAUCGAUCAUGAUAGCAUCAAGAACGAUAUAAAGGAAAAGAAAACAAUAACAGCUCAGAUUCCAUAUUUCGGAAUGAUUGGAAAUAUGAGAGACAUUCCAAUACUUGAUCGAACAGCAAACGUAUCUAUAGAAGCACCCUAUAAGUUUCCAUCUAUUGGACUACCCAACGGUAACUUUACUAUUUCCAACAGAGAAGACUCGGGUUCCUUUCGAAUUCACUAUGAUAAAGAGAUACAGGCGAUGGCAGGUGGACCUUACGUAUUGACACGUUUGCUAAUGGGAACUGAGGAGCUCCAGAUUUUGGUGUUGGAUGGUGAGGGUAAAAAAGUGAUAGGUGAGCUUCCACCCAAUCCAUCACGCUCUUUUAUGAUGCGUAACACCCUUGGUAUAACGGAAUACUCAAAUACCUUCUACUCUUGGUAUUGGGCCGGUGACUAUAUCCCGCUAAACAAUAAGAGAAAGAGAAAAGGCCAACAUGUUAAAGUGUUAAAAUCGGGAGAGUAUCGAUUACAAGUCAGAGCUCUUCGCGUUUUCGGAGAUCGUAAGCAUAAAAAAGAUUGGGAUCAAUGGAUAUCACCAAAACUAAUACUUGAUAUUAAUGCGUAA